CAGAGUACCAUCUAUCGCUUCAUCGUGCAGCAGAGCAGCGGUAACAGCUCAUCCAUGGCCAUGGAGAGGUUCUUGACGGCACUUGUCUUCUGCGAGGCGCCGCUGGACGGCUACGGCACAUCGGUGACGGCCACACGUACAAUCACCAAGCUUGUCUCCGGCGGCAGCGCGGCUAAACCAGCGACGGUUAACAAGGCGGACGCUGAGAAGGAGCAGGGAUUCUUCUACGGCAAGCCGACGGCGCAGCGGCGUGCUGGGUUCGAGCUGGCGUUCGACGGCAUCAAUUGUUUCGACACCGUCGUUAUGCGCUAGGACUUGCACCAACAAUUCAUCCUAGAAUGUUGUCAUGAUUUGUUCAUUCGAUUGUACUACUGUAUUUAACUGGUGCUGAUGAUUUAACAGAAACGAAAGGAAUUUUAAAGUGAUUAUACAUUAUACUAUUUAUCA